CAGUGGGGACAAGGCAGAGAGACGUUUACCGGAGGGGAAAGCAAGUGAGAUGGGUGCGGGAAGUGAAGGGACGGGCGGCACGGGACGUGUGUGAACGGAGGUGCUGGGCACAGGGAAUGAGCACGCAGAGGCUGGUGAGCGUUGUAGUGGGUUUCUUGAGUGCGGUACAUAGAGGCUGAUGAGAGUAGUAGUGAGCGGCUGUCAGUGCAGUUGUAAUGAUGAAGAUGGCGCCUGACUACCUGAGCCUGGCCCGGCUGGCGGUCAUCCAGCAGCUGCGCUCCUAUGGCAUCAAGAUCAAACACUGGAACAGCAAGUCCCGGAGCGACCCCGGGAGAGGAGGGUGGCCGGCGGGGAAGAUCUUUGGAGCGCCUCUUCAUACCCUGCCGCAACUGAAUAUUCCAGCGUAUGGAAAUAUACCAGCGUUUCUUGUUGGUGCAUGCAAGUACUUGGAGGAUCAUGUACAAACUGAAGGACUUUUUAGGAAAUCGGGAUCUGUUGCGAGGCAGAAGCUUUUAAAGACCAAACUGGAAAACGGAGAGGACGGUCUCUCAGAAGCUCCUCCUUGUGAUGUCGCUAGCAUCCUAAAGCAGUUUUUCAGGGAGCUACCAGAUCCUAUACUGCCUGCGGAUCUCCAGGACGCAUUGAUCAAGGCCCAAAAUUUGGGAAGUGACGAGGAAAGGACUUCAGCCACCGUGCUUAUCUCCUGCCUGAUGUCUGACCUGACAUUAUCCAUUCUGAGAUACUUCUGCAGCUUUCUGCAUUCUGUAUCUAUGAGAUGUGACUCAAAUAGAAUGGACAGUAACAACCUGGCGGUGAUAUUUGCUCCUAACCUAUUACAUUCGGGUGACGGCGAGAAGAUAUCACCCAGCACUGAAAAGAAGCUUCGUAUUCAGGCAGCAAUUGUGAAAACUCUGAUAGAUCAUCCUGCAGAUAUUGGUUGUGUGCCUGAUUUCCUUCUUGAAAAGAUUCCAGGCAUGCUGGGAGUGGAUGUUGGGGCUGAUACUCCCGGUCAUGAGGCAUCUGAAGAAGAUGUAGAGUCUCCUGGAGAGAGGAAGAGGAGGAGACGGAGGAGUGUUGGAGAUUUUGUUAGUGGAGCAUUGAAUAAACUUAAAACUAAUAGAACACCUUCCUCUACUCCUCAGACAGACAGGACGGUUCUGAGUUCCAUGGUAACUCCUUUAAUUCUAACACCAAGUGCCAAAAGAAAACUGCCUUUAGACUCCGCGCAGGGGAUCUCUACUAAGAAGAGGAAAUCCGUUAAGCAGAACCUGUCGUCUGAAUUGCUGCCAAGCAGUCUUUUCGGUGGAGGUUCAACGCCAGCCUGUGAUCUGGCUGAUGUAAGCCCUUGUGUAUAUUUUGAAGGAUCAGAAUCUUCUUUCACACCAUCAACUAGCAAUUUAAGGCGCAGCAAAAGACGAGAAAACAGAAAAGUGCAGAGAGUGGAGUCGGGGAAAACGGGCUGCUUCUCUCCUAAAAUAAGUCGGACAGAGAUGGUGCGCCGGUCGCUUCGUCUACGAUUCAGUCUAGGAAAAAGUAGUAAAGAUGUGAGCACUGGAUUUCCUGCUAGUAUUCGGUCCCAAAACAUUGGCUGGAGACUUGCAAACUCAAUAGAAUUUAAUGUUUCUGGAAGCAAGACAGAUGUGGUUUCUUCACCAGUGGACAGUCCAUUUGUAAGUACAGGCUCCAAAAAAAUAAGCAAAUCGGAAGAAAACUUAUUAACCCCCAAGAAAUCUGAUCACUCUAGUCACCGCCUGUGCUGGACUGGCCCCCAUCCUGUUAGUGAGUUUUGUGACAAGGAGACUCCUAAAGGUGGUUACCUCUAUGCUGAAAACUGCUACUCUGAGCCUGUUGUUGUAACUGGGAAACCCCCGGUCAUGCCCAAACCGCUGAUAUUGGUAGCUUGCUCUGAGGAGCAUCAGAAUUCCUCCCUCUGUGAGGAAGGAGAGAGUCAAGUCCACAGCACUCUGCAGAGGAUCACCAAGGCGUUUACAGAAUCCGGGAGCGACCUUCACAUGGUUGUUGAAUGUUCUAAGUCUGCAAAUGUGGAAGACAGUCCUCCUCCUGUGUCUGCUCCUCUUCCUAAUGCUGUCGUUCAGGAUUGCAACUUAGACGGCAAGCAUAGUGCUGACAAUGAUGAACGCACAUCUGAAGAAGAGUUACAUAUGGAAGAAAAGGAAUCAAGUCCACAAGGCACUGGCUUAGUGGACCUGGCAGAAGCGAAGGCUUCUGAGGUUGUACUGAAGAUUGUGGAGGAAACUGACUGUAUCAAUGACAAUGUAUUUGCACAUCAUAAAGAGGAAAGCGGCAUAAAUGAAAAUGGUGAUUUAGGUAAGCCAGUGUGUCCAGUUACUAGUGAUGCUGCACAUGGCACUCUGUUGGCAUCAGAGCCUAGGCAGCAAAAGGUGGUGUCCAUCCCAGCUAGGAUUCAGGCCGCUCAUGAUCCCCUUCCUAGGCCUCAACGUAGGACCAGCAGGGUGUCUGACCACAUACAGCACUUCAAUAAACUCUGCCUAAACGAUCACAGUGUUGGCCAGAAACUGAAGUCUCCCAUAAAAUUUGAGCGGACACCUGUGCGCAGGUCUGUUCGGCGCAUAAAUUCCAUGUCUGGAGUAAAAAGACAAGUGGACAAUGGUUGGAAGGAAAAUGCUGCUGGCUCCCCAAUGGUAAAAGCGGUUAGCUUUGAUGGGUCGUUGUCCUCUGAAGUGUUUCUAACCAAUAGCAGCAGUCUGGAAUCCUCUGUAGAUCGUUCGUCUAUCUAUUCCUUUCGAGGACACUUCAGGAUUCCUAAGCAGUCUGUAAAGAAUACACCCCACUCUCUCAAUCACCCCGCAAACCCACCGAAAACCGUGCUGGAGGAUCUAACCAAUCAGGGUAUAUCCCGAACUUCCGGCAAGAAGUCUGAUCUUUCUGCUACUACAUCCAAUCCUAACGCAGUACGCAUCCUGUCUGGUAGGGAGCAUAGUCGCUACAGAGGAUCACCAAAGAACCCAAUUGCACGAGUUACCUUCCUGCCAGCUACCAAGCCUUUAGACCUCUAAGACUGGUGACAAGCUUUGUUUACAUGCAUAACAUGCAAGCCAAUGGACCGAAAAUGAUAUAUAUUUUUUUUUUUUUAACGUUUCAGUCAGAAGCACCUUGCACGCUUGAUAUGACGCCGUUUGGAACGGUUUUGGAGUCUAUGCCUCCUGUAGGGUUCAGGAGACGGUAAAAGCUGUUGUUGACUUUCUUUGAUAGUGGAGACAGAUGAGAAUCUACGACCUGUAUUUUGUUUCCACGCUUCUGAGCCGGGAGAUUAAUCCUCAUGGGUUGUUUUUCAGGACUGGACCAUCUGUGUCCUGAAAACCUAGAUGGGGGAAAAAAAAAGAAAAACUUGAAAUUUGCUCUUGUCAUGAUCUUGGUCUUAUUAUAUUAUACUGUAUACACGGGUAACACAGCUUGAAUUCUACUUUUUGGGAGACCUAUGUUCUCAGUGUUGAACUGAAUCUUUAGUUUAUUCAGUAUAUAGCUUAUGUGAGGUUUCAUUUCAUUCUUUCAAUGGUUCGAUGCAGGUCUUAAGAUUUUUUUUGUCAGGGU